CGAUAGUUAAUGCAUACACAUCGCCAAUUUGGGUAUUUUCUCGCAUGUAAAUUGCAAAUAGUGUGUCCAUUUUCCGCAUUUUCCCGCGCGCCCAAAACUUACACCGCCGUAAAAUUCAUGCGCCCAUUUGUGAAAGAGCAGUAAGCAUGGACGAAGAUUAUUCGGCGUCAUCUUCGGCCGCCGGUGGCAAGAAGGCCGGCGUGGGCAAGCAGCACAACACGCUACCGUUUUGGGGCAACGAGACCUCAAUGAACCUGAAUCCUCUGAUCCUGGCCAACAUUCAGAGCUCCAGCUACUUCAAAGUCCACUUGUUUAAGCUGAAAACCUACCAUGAAGUGGUCGACGAGAUCUACUACCAGGUGAAGCACAUGGAACCCUGGGAGCGCGGAUCCCGCAAAACGUCCGGACAAACGGGCAUGUGCGGCGGUGUGCGCGGCGUUGGCGCCGGCGGCAUCGUGUCCACGGCAUACUGCCUACUUUACAAGCUAUACACGCUACGGCUGACCCGGAAGCAGAUCAAUGGACUGCUCAACCACACAGACUCGGCCUACAUCCGGGCACUAGGCUUUAUGUACUUGCGAUACACUCAGCCGCCAAGUGAUUUAUACGACUGGUAUGAGGACUACCUGCAGGACGAGGAGGAGAUCGACGUGAAGGCGGGAGGCGGCCAGGUCCUAACCAUCGGACAAAUGGUAUACCAGUUUAUGACCAAGUUGGACUGGUUCUCAACUCUCUUCCCGCGCAUUCCUGUGCCGAUUCAGAAGCAGAUUGAGAAAAAGAUCGAGCAAUAUUGCAGGGAGCAGGGUCUGACUGUCAAUCAGUUAAGCUCGGGCCGAUCGGCGACGGGGCAGGGCGCUGGUGGAGGCUCAGGAGCCGUUGGGCAGGAUGCUGACUACACGGAGUACCAAGAUGGAAAUGCAGGCUUGGAUCGUGGAGGCGGUGGUGGUCGUGGCGGUGGACAUGCUAUGACUGGCUCCGGUUCCAGGCCCAACGCCUACCCACCGCCAAUUAACUACCGCAACGAUCAUGAUGAUCGUGAUUACUAUGCCGCCGGCUCGGGUUCUUCUUAUGGCCGUGGUCGCGGCGGCUACGACGAUUACCCACCGGCGCCGCUGCCGCCACAGAUGCCUUACGGUUCAAGUGGAGAGCGGGAAAGGGAACGAGAUCGUGAACGAAAUAAGGAGAAGGACUACGACCGGCACCGCAGCAAGCAUAAGAAGAAGCAUAAGCACAGACAAAACUCGCGUAGCCGCAGCAGAAGUCGCAGUCGGAGUCGCCACCGCUCCGAGCGGCAUGAACGCAAGCGUGAUGGCGGAGGUGGCUACGAGCGGAGCAGCAAGAGCCGGCACAACGAACACUAUGAAGAGCGAGAACGACGUCAUCGGUGAACACCGAUAAAACCCACCAAAACAAAUCCUCGCCUUUUUAAGUUGUUGCUAACUUAAUUUGUUUUUAUCAUAACACUAAACUUUUUUAAUUUUUCAAUCCCUAUCUACUCUUUGGAAGCCGUAGUACGUUGCGCUUCUUACUCAGGUUAAACACUUCCCGAAAUCCCUAAAUAUCCCUCAACUAACACUUAAACUAGACACAAUCACACUCAGACACAGCAGCAAGGCUAUAUUUUGUAAUUUGUGACUACAAUUAUGCUGAUAUAAUAGUUUCCAAGUUGUGUUUAUGCAAAUAAAGUCAAAAAUAAUUUGUUUAAACUGGUUAA